UGACCAGGGUCUGUGUGCACUCCCACCGUUCGGGGCGUUAGAAGAAGCUAGCGUCAUGGUGCCGGCGCUGCGCUAUCUAGGUGGUGCCUGCGGACGGGCUAGUGGGGUUUUCUCUGGGAGACUCCCCGCAGCCUGCGGGCCAGCUUCCGGGAGAUCCUGGCCGCCUUGGCAAGUUGUCAGCAGAGCCAGUACCAGCUCAUUUGACAUAGUCAUUAUUGGUGGUGGAAUUGUGGGGCUUGCCUCGGCCAGAGCACUCAUCCUGCGACAUCCAGCACUUUCCAUUGGUGUUCUGGAAAAGGAGAAAGAUUUAGCUACCCACCAGACUGGACAUAACAGUGGUGUCAUACACAGUGGAAUUUAUUAUAAACCUGGAUCUCUGAAAGCUAAAUUAUGUGUACAAGGUGCAGCCCUGAUGUAUGAGUACUGUUACCAAAAGGGAAUUUCUUACAAGCAGUGUGGCAAGCUUAUAGUAGCUGUUGAGCAAGAAGAAAUUCCCAGGCUCCAGGCUCUAUAUGACAGAGGCCUACAGAAUGGUGUCCAGGGCCUGAGGCUAAUCCAACCAGAGGACAUAAGAAAGAAGGAGCCAUAUUGUAGAGGUCUAAUGGCUAUUGACUGCCCAUAUACUGGUAUCGUGGACUAUCGGCAGGUGGCUCUGUCAUUUGCUAAAGAUUUUCAAGAAGUUGGUGGCUCUGUUUUGACCAGUUUUGAAGUAAAAAAAAUUGAAAUGGCUAAAGAAAGUCCUUCAAGAAGUGAAGAUGGGUUGAAGUAUCCCAUUGUUAUAAGGAAUGAAAAGGAAGAAGUACGAUGUCAGUAUGUUUUGACUUGUGCAGGACUUUUCUCAGACCGCAUUUCAGAAUUGAGUGGAUGUAGCCCUGAUCCUCAGAUUGUACCGUUUAGAGGAGAUUAUUUGCUUUUAAAGCCAGAAAAAUGCUAUCUUGUAAAAGGAAACAUUUAUCCGGUUCCAGACAGUCGGUUUCCUUUCCUUGGAGUUCACUUCACACCACGAAUGGAUGGCAGUAUUUGGCUAGGCCCUAAUGCAAUCCUUGCCUUUAAAAGGGAGGGCUACAGACCUUUUGACUUCAAUGCCAGAGAUGUUAUGGAUAUAAUUGUCAAGAGUGGCUUGAAUAAACUAGCAUUUCAGAAUUUCUUCUACGGAGUUAAUGAAAUGUAUAAAGCCUGCUUUCUCAGUGCAACAGUGAAACAUCUUCAAAAGUUUAUUCCUGAAAUUACUGUCAGUGAUAUAUUUAGAGGUCCAUCCGGAGUAAGAGCUCAAGCCCUGAAUAGAGAUGGAAAUCUGAUAGAUGAUUUUAUAUUUGAUGGAGGAGUUGGGGAUAUUGCAGAUCGUAUUCUUCAUGUGAGAAAUGCACCGUCCCCUGCUGCCACUUCCUCCCUUGCAAUUUCUGGAAUGAUUGCAGAUGAAGUGCAACAGAGAUUUAAAUUGUGAAUAAUGAAAAGAAUUAAGUGUCCAUUUUAAUCUCUACAUCCAGAAAUGUGAAUGUGCUAAUUGCACUCUUUAAUUUGAAUUUCUAAGACAAAUAGUUGAAAAACUGAAAAAUAGUGAUUUUUAUUCCUCAUUUAGAUAGUUACUGAAUUGUUAAAGUGAUGUUACAUCAUAAUUUUCAAGUCCAUGCUCUCUUACUUGGUAAUUGAAAGAGCAAGGUAUAGUUAUAUUUGUGCUUAAUCUUGGAAUUUAUUAACGACCUGUACUCAGUGGCCAUGAUCUUGAGAUUUGGCUUUUUUUUUUUUUUUUUUAAGAAUUUCUAGAAGUGAUGGCAUAAAAAAUUUUUCCUUGUCUUUUUUUUUUUUUUUUUAAUGUAGCUCCAUGGAAUAAGCUCAGUGCCUUGCAAAUAAGCAACAUUGUUCAUACCUCCUGUGCCCAAUUAUUUUUUAUCUCUCUCUUUCUAAUUUUAUUUAGAGAGUGAGUAAAGAGGUAAAGGGCCAGAUACUUCAGUGCUGCUCCAUCACCCAUAAAGCACCUCUGAUGCUAUCCAUGGUGUUUCCUUCUGCUAUUGAGGUUUGAACUCAGGGCCCCCUACACAAUAAAGCUGGUAAUCUGUAAGAUAAGCUAUAUCUUGACCCCACACAAUCUUACUAACUUUAUAAUAUCUAUGCUGGGGCAGGAGAGUUUGCUCAACAGGAUUUGUGCCUUGCCAUGUGGAAGGCCCAAGUUCAAGUCUGGCACUUCAUGGAAGUUAGUUCUAUUACUGUGAUACCUCUCCUUUUUUUUUUUUUUUCACUCUCUCACUCUUAGCAUUUUAUUUAUUUAUUUAGUAGAGACAGAAGUCGAGAGGGACAGUGAAGACAGGAGAAAGAGAGACACUGGAAACACUGCUUCACUGCUUACGAAGCUUUUCUCCUGAAAGUGAGGGCUGAGGACUUGAAUCUGACUUGCUGUCCUUGCCCUCUGCCUCUUUACUGAAUGAAAAAGUAAUCCACGAAUGGUGAAAUUGCACAUAUGUUAGAAGCAGUCUUUGAAUAUAUGACAUUGUCCCAUUUUGUCUUCCUAGAUAAGAAAAUAUGGAAUACUGUAGGUUAUAACCUCUUUUUUAACUUUUUUUUUUAUUAUUAUUUUGAAGAGUCAUAGAAAAGCUCUCUCCAUUUCUUUCUGCCUCUCUCUUCACCCUCUAUCUAGAAAAGGAAGAAAGAAAAGACCCUGUUGGGAUUAGGGGAAUUAUACAGGUACAAAGCCCCCACAAAGAUCUGUAGGCAAAUAUAUUUUUUAACAUGCAUUUCUUUAAAUUUUUUUUUUUAUUAUCUGUUUAUUGGAUAGAGACAGAGAGAGAGAGAGGGAGAGAAACAGAGAGACACCUGCAGCACAGUGUCAUUAUUCACAAAGCUUUCCCCCUGCAGGUAGGGACUGGAGACUUAAAUCCGGGUCCUUGCACACUAUUAACAAGUGCGCUCAACCAGGUGUGCCACCAUCCAGCCUUUAACUUGCAUAUGAGAUUCAGUUAUUCCAAGAUUCUCAGAUAUUGGCCAAGAUCACAAAUGAUUCAUGCCUAUGUGACUUUUUAGGAGUCCUAUAAACUUAUAUGAGUCUAUUUCUUCAUUUUUGGAAAUACCCGACUUUGAGGCAUUCACUUUUGUAAACCGCAAAGGUGCCUUAUAUUUGUGUGUACUUGAACAUUUAAAAUUCUUCCAGUGCCAUAUUAUAAUAUGCAUAUACAUGUGUGUUUGUGAAGUGUUUCUUGUAACUUAGAAAGUUGGAAGGGCAGGGAGAUAGAUAGCAUAAUGGUUAUACAAAAAGACUCUCCCACACCACCAUAAACUAGAGCUCAAUAGUGCUCUGGUAAAAAAAAAAAAAAAAAAAAAAAAAAGCAGGAAGUUGGAAAAUAGCAAUAUAAUGAAAAUGGCAGACAAGUGGGAUAUUUUCAUCUAUUCACUCACAUGAACUUUCACAGGAAUGAUCCUCAGUUCAUUUUUUUCUUACAUCUCUCCAAAGCAGUGGUAGAUGGAUUAAAAGUAUGUACAUUUGGUUGAUAGAAAAACCUAUUUACUUUUAUCUUCAAUUAAAGCCUUUGUGAUUUUGUUGAUUUAGCUACCUCAUCUGCCCAUUUAAAAGGUUACACAUCAGCUUUUGUUUAAGAAGUAGUAUGUCCCAGGUAAAUAUACUAUGCAGUUAUUUGAUUGGGGUGAAUAUGUCAAAAGUAAUUAGAAACUAUUUACAGAAGAAACAGGCCAGUGCUGACUCCUCCAAGAAAUAUGGCACUCAGGAUGUUUAUCUAUUCUAUUACAAGACUAGUAGGAGAUGGAAAAUGCUGUAAUUCUUAAUUUUCACCAACAGUAAGAUUAUAUACAUUCUAUGAUAUGAAAUACUGAAAUCACAAAAAUAUCCUUAUUAAAGCAACUUUUAUUUCUUUUGACUUUAUACUUACUUACUUUAUACUCCCCACAAUGCAAAUGGAAGAGUUUUUUAAAAUCUUUGAAUUUAUUCUGUUUGUAAAAUAUUUCAUAUUUCCCUAUAGGGUUUUGUGUAUAAUACUGAUAUAUUUUAAAAUUCUGUAUAUUUUGAGUUUGAAGAAAUGUAUACUAGUAUUAAAAUUAUCUUAAUAAAUCUUGGUCUUGGGAGUCGGGCGGUAGUGUAGCGGGUUAAGCGCACGUGGCGCAAAGUGUAAGGACUGACUCAAGGAUCCCAGUUCAAGCCCCCUACACCCCACCUGCAGAGGAAUCGCUUCACAGGCGGUGAAGCAGGUCUGCAGGUGUCUGUCUUUCUCUCCCACUCUCUGUCUUCCCCUCCUCUCUCCAUUUCUCUCUGUCCUAUCUAACAAUGAUGACAUCAAUAACAAUAAUAACUACAACAAUAAAACAACAAGGGCAACAAAAGGGAAAAUAAAUAUUUAAAAAAAUAAA